AUGCUCUGGUGGUCUUGGUGGUCCUCUGCAACCCACAAAUGCGAUCUACAACCAACAUCCUCAUCAUCAACCUGGCAAUGGCGGACCUACUCUUUAUAGUAUUCUGCGUUCCCUUCACCGGAUGGGACUACACCCUCGACUACUGGCCGUUCGGCGACGUGUGGUGCCGAAUAGUGCAGUACCUAGUCAUCGUGUGUGCUUACGCCAGUAUCUACACCCUAGUACUCAUGUCCUUCGACCGGUUUCUAGCUGUCGUUCAUCCGAUAACGUCGAUGUCCAUCAGGACAGAACGCAAUGCCUACUUUGCCAUUUUCCUAGCAUGGGUCAUGAUCCUGCUGGCUUGCAUCCCUGCGCUAUUCUCCCACGGGAUGGUCAUAGUCGACGACAACUUUGCCUCCUGCACGUUCCUGGCACACAAGGGCUACAGCAUAGUGGCCUUCCAAAUCUGCUUCUUUAUGUCAUCUUUCGUGGUGCCCCUUGCCCUGGUCUUUAUUUUGUACGUCUUGAUGCUGAAGAGGCUAUGGUUCGGUGUGACACCAGGAGGAAGGGUCAGCGCGGAGAGUGUCCGAUCCAAAAGGAGGGUGACGCGACUGGUCGUGGUUGUUGUGGUGGUGUUCGCCGUGUGUUGGUGCCCUGUCCAGAUUGUGCUGGUCCUCAAGAGCGUGAACCUAUACGGCCAGCCGAUGAACCCUCCGAGGAUAGUGAUACAGAUCGCGUCCCAAAUCCUGGCGUACACCAACUCAUGUGUCAAUCCGUUUCUGUACGCAUUUCUGUCUGAGAACUUUAGGAAGAGCUUUAGAAAGAUUAUCUUCUGCUGUCCAAGGAGCGUGACGAGUUCCGGGUCAACGAGGACUAGGAUCGGCGAUGAGAACGAGCGUACGGAGCGGGAAACAACGGCCACCUGCAUCACCAGGGCGUCCAAGAUAUCGAACGACAUUAUGUAA